CGCCCUGGCACAGGGAGGGAAGGCGGACGUCGGAAGAGAAAACCACCGAGAGGCUUUCGCUCAAACUGGGAUUAUCGCUCGCCUCCGGCCCCCCGACGUCUGGUCGCUUGGGGCGGAGACGCAUUUUUGUCAUCCGCGAACGUGACCGGAUUCCGCCGGACGUGCAGAGAGCCUGAAGAAGAGUUUUCCCACCAAAUUCGCAGAACCGAUCAUUCUUCCUCUAAUGGAAUUUGCUUGGAACGAAUAUUUACAGGAGAAAAAAAAGGAGCUCCGGGGCGAGAUGUGGGCGUAUCCUGCCCGCGUGAUGUGUUUUACCGACGGCCAGCUUCUGGGGGACGAAGAUGCCCUGCUGGCCUGGUCCUCCGAGAAGUGGGAUUAUAAGGAUCCUAAACCCAAGGCCUUCUACGAAGCUGUCGCCUCGGAUUUCUGCAUCAACUAUCUGCAAAACCCCAAGCACGAUUUUGCGUAUCUAGACAUCGCUAUUCAGGACGAAGCCAUUGGGCGACUGGUGUUUGAGCUCUUUUCCAGCGAAUGCCCCAAAACCUGCACCAAUUUUCAGACUCUCUGCACCGGAAGUGCCGGGAUUUCUCCCAGCGGAGUGAGGCUGCAUUAUAAAGAUUCCGCUUUCCAUCGACUAGUGAAGAAUGGAUGGUUGCAAGGAGGAGAUAUAACCUCUGGGAAAGGCGAUGGCGGCGAAUCAAUCUACGGCCCGACAUUUGAAGAUGAAAACUUUUCAGUCUCUCAUAAGAGAAGAGGGACUCUCGGGAUGGCGAAUAAGGGACGUCACAGCAACGGAUCCCAGUUCUACAUCACGCUCCAGCCAGCGCCCUACCUGGACAGAAAAUACGUGGCAUUCGGGCAACUGAUCGAAGGGACGGAAGUUCUUCAGAAACUGGAAGAAGUAGCCACGUGCAACGAGAGACCAGUAGUAGAUUGUAAAAUCAUGGACUGUGGAGUUCUUUACCUCUAAUUUUUAGGCGAUUUUUUCCCAACUGUAGUUCAUUAGGGGAUCUUUCCCAUCGGUGUCGUCUAGAUUUUCACGAAUCAAAUCCGCAAACGGCUACCAGUGGAAACGCCAGGGCUACUAUUUUUGCAGAUUCAAAAUCCUCCCCGUAAAUAAUAUGUUCAUCUCGGUCUUCUUUGCAGUCCCCGAGGGGUCUCAACUCCUGGUCAUUGACAGAUUUGCAGGGGGAAAAUCUGGAAAAGCCGCCUCCUCCUUCUCUAUAGAGAAGUUUUAGAACUUUUGCUUCUGUUUAAAAUUACCUUAAUUAAUUUUACCGUCGGGACAUUUCCCCCGGAGCCAGGCCGGCGUGUGUUGCAUGAGAAUGCAACUCGGUCUCUCCGUGGGCCCCGGGGCGGUUUUGCGAGUUUCUGUUUCUUCUGUGGCGAAUUCUCAUCACUUUAACCGAUAGAAAAGGGAAUAUUUUGAUUCAUUAAAGUUCAUUUGGCCGUCGGUGUA